AAUAGUAUAGUGUGUUGUAACAAGCCUUACUCAGAAAUGAGUAGCAGAGUAUAAAACGCAGUAUUUAUUCUAUUUGUUGUGAAACACGUUUACAUAAAAAAUAUAUUUCUGACAUCCAACAAGUGGUAAGUACAACUUUAUAUAUAAAAUAAUGUUUCUCAUUUUUACAUAUAGAUGUCGAAUUGCAACGGAGUGUACUCGUAAUUCAUGCAUAGCUUGUGAAUGAUUCUUGUUUAUAACGAACAAUUCAAAAAUAUUGAUAUAAGAAGUUUUUGAAAUUUUCUUGAAUUGAAUGAAUUAUACACGUUUGUGAUAAGAAACGUCAAAACAAGCGGAAGAAAAAGAAAGAACUUAAACGUUGGCAGCUGUCCUAACCUAUUUUAAGAUUCAUGAAAUAGUAUAAUUUCUUAGCAAUUUCUUCUUAUUAGGUAAUAAUUUUAUAAUAAUAUGUCAAGUAAAUUAUUAAAUCGUCAUUCAUGUAUAUUUAUAUUUGACACGGGAAAAAUUUCUCACAGUAUAAGUGACAUAACCUCAGCGAAGUGCCAUUUAUUUAUAUGAAGCUUUCUCAUGUGUGUUAUUUUUUUUCAAGAACAAUAAAAAUGCCAUGCUGGUAUUAUGAGAAAAAAGAAUUACGAAAUACACCAUCCAUUCAAGAUGGAAUUGAUUACGAAACAGAAUGCAGAUAUAGGAAAGAGGGUGCAAGAUUUAUUAUUGACACAGGGACAAAAAUGGAUUUAGGAUAUAAUACAAUGGCAACUGGAGUUGUUUAUUUUCAUAGGUUUUACAUGUUUCAUUCGUUUAAAAAUUUCCCAAGAUAUGUGACUGCAUGCUGUUGUUUAUUACUAGCAGGCAAAGUAGAAGAAACUCCAAAAAAAUGUAAAGAUAUAAUUAAGACUGCAAAGUCUUUGUUAACUGAACAAAAAUUUAUGACAUUUGGAGAAGAUCCAAAGGAGGAAGUCAUAACAUUAGAAAGAAUUUUGUUACAAACUAUAAAGUUUGAUUUGCAAGUUGAACAUCCAUACAGUUACUUGUUAAAAUAUGCAAAAUGUCUUAAAGUUUAUGUACAACAUUGUCAUUACAAUGGGAGCCAGAAAUUAUUGCUGUUGCCCUUAUGUACUUGGCAGGAAAACUUAGCAAAUUUGAAGUAGUAGAUUGGAAUGGAAGGUUACCGAAACAUUUACGUUGGUGGGAUAUGUUUGUUGAAGAUAUAACUAUGGAUCUUCUAGAAGAUAUAUGUCAUCAAGUAUUAGAUUUAUAUUCACAAGCAAAUAAUACAAAGCCACCAGAUUCACCACCAUUAACACCAUCUAAUGAGCCUUGCAGAGAUAGAACUAUAACGGCACCUCCCACAGAAUCAGCAUCUACAACACCAAAUGUUACACCAGGAAAAACUAUUAAAGUUGAAACAGCUGCAGUCUCCGCAAAUGGAUGCUUAACUACAGAUGCCUCAGAAGCAAUUAAACCAAUGGAUGUGCCAACACAUUUCCCAACGUAUCCAGCCAAUUUUGCACCUAGUAAUAUCAAUUAUCCUCCAGCAUUUCCUCCAGCAAACGUAUCUGUACCUCCACCUCCUGUAAAUACAAUGAAUCACAUUGUCCCGCCAAUGCAUCAUAUGGGUACUUCCGCUACCAUCAGACCUGCACCACCUGCACCUACUACAACACCAGCACCAUUUCAACCAUAUCCUUAUCCUACAAAUGCGACAUAUUUUCCUCCAAGUAAUCCAGUACCUUCAGCACCUGCACCACGUACAUAUUACCCCCCACAACCUUAA